GAUUUUGAAACCAGCAUGGCUGAUACAUUAUCUUAAUCUCAGUGUUCAUGGAUAUGUGGGGGUGGGUAUAUUCGCUUCUUUUUGUUUUCCUCCACAUAUUCUCUCUUUCUCCAUGCAUGGCUUCUGAUAUUCUCAAACAAGACAAAUUUCUUCACGUUCAGAAACCAGGAGAUGUUUUGGUUUCUGCAAAUGGAAUCUUCAAUGCUGGGUUUUACCCUGUUGGCGAAAAUGCAUUCUGCUUCUCCGUAUGGUUCAACAAUUCAACCGAUCCCAAUCGCACCGUUGUUUGGAUGGCCAACCGAGACCAACCGGUAAACGGAAUAGGCUCAAAGCUUGAGCUAUUGGGGAACGGAAAGCUUAUCUUGACCGACGCAGGCAGAAGAACAGAGUGGACUGUAGACAUUUUUGCAGCUUCCCCUGUUCAGCUAAAGCUUCUCAAUACUGGCAAUCUUGUUCUUCAACGUACUGAUAAUGAUGCCUUCCUCUGGCAAAGCUUUAAUUCUCCCACAGAUACCUUGCUCCCGGAUCAAGUAUUAACCAAAGACACUUACCUUAUUUCAUCAAGGAGUCGAAGCAACUACUUUUCUGGUAAUUAUAAGCUUUAUUUUGAUAAUGAUAAUGUCCUGCGCCUUCUCUACCAAGUCCCCAACAUAACCAGUGUCUAUUGGCCAGCUCCAUGGCGUCUUUCUUGGCAAAAGGGCAGUGACAGGUCUACAUAUAACAGCAGUCGAGUUGCUGUACUAAACUCCUCAGGUUAUUUCAGGUCAUCCGAUGCUUUGUGGUUUUGGGCGGCAGAUUCGGGAUCGGAGAUGGACUGUUACUUGGCAAUCCCUUAUUCAACCAUGUAGAGUUCAUGGCAUCUGUGGACAAAACAGCUUGUGCAAAUUUGAUCAUGUUUUGGGAAGUACAUGUUCUUGCUUACCAGGAUACAAGAUUCAGA